CUUUCUUCUCUCUUUCUGUAUUAAUUAUCAACAGAAAAUGAAACAAAGUUUCUUUUUAGCUGUAUUUGUUUUUCCAACAUGGUUUUUGAUACAAAAAAUAACAAACGACGUAAAUUCAACGGUACAACUUAUUACAACAACUGCGUAAAAAGACCAUUUCAAACAGUUUGACUCCGGAGGUAAGAUGACCAAUCACGGAAAACUGUUUCUCGUUUUGGCGGUUUCAAUAGGACUCAUUGUUCAGCAAUCCCAUGGACAAAGGCCGAAUCUCACAGACCCAUGCAGUGAGUUGCAGUUGACGAUGAACACUUCGGUGUUGGAAGAGGGUCUACCUGUGCGGUUCUUUUGUAGCAGCGAGGGGUGUACCGGUUCAAAGAUUUUGUACAUUGAUGGGGAAAUACAAUCAUCGAACCAGCCAGAUUCUCAAGAUAGUGAAACAGUUUCCCUUGAUCUGAUUCCAACUCGAAAUCAAUCUGGAUCAGUGCUUGAGUGUAGACUGUUAUCAUUCAUUGGCAGUCACCUCGGUAGUGCCAACCUCACUUUGAACAUCAACUAUCCGCCUGAAACCGUUUUCAUGACGACAGAGUCUGGUGCCUGCAGGGGUACAACUUGUGGCAUGACAAUUGUCUUAUGGGGGGUCUACAGUUUCACCUGCCAGUCUCUGUCGUCGAGUCAGGCUUACGGGUUCCGAUGGGCCAUAACCUCCAAAGAUGGCGACGUGAUUGACAUUCCAGAUUCAACACAGGAAUCACAAUCUGAGCAUGACGGGGGUUGGAACGGAGUGAGCAGAAUCACACUCAGGGCACAGGCUAAUUACAAUGGGAAACGACUGGUGUGCAGCGUAUUGUACCCUGACAACAAAACGUACCAGAAGUUAACAGUCACUGUUGCCGUAGAAAGGAGUAUUUUGAUACUACUCUCUGUGGCGGCAAUACUAGCCCUGGCCGUUUUCUUAAUUUGCGCAUUCGCUGUAUACGGUGCAUGCAAGACCAUCAAAUUCAAAUGGAGCCCUGCCCGUGACGUCACAGAUCUGAGUCGUCUAAGCGUCAUAUCAAAAAAGAGGCUGUCGAAGAAAUGUUCGGUGUCACUGGACAUUCUCAACCAACCCAAGACGUUUAGGGACAACUUUCCCCGGGAGCGAAUCAAGAUGCUGAAUGUUCUUGGCGAGGGGUCGUUUGGUGUGGUGUACAUGGCGAUUGCAGAUGGCAUCUUAGAAGAUGGCAAGAAACACACUGUAGCUGUGAAGAUGCUUAAAGCUUCGGUGUCAUCUAAUGACGUGUCAGGUUUCAUGAAGGAACUGGAUGUGUGUAAGACGCUUGAACAGCACCCACACAUCAUAGAGUUGCUGGGUUGCUGUACGGAUAAAGAGCCUUUCUGCUUGAUCUUCGAGUUCGCAUCCAAAGGAAACCUUCAGAGUUUUUUACGAGAUAAGAGAAAGUCCUGGUCUGCUUCCUCGCCCUGUGAUUUGACCUCUGACCUCAUUCUGAAGUUUGCUCAUCAGAUAGCUAGUGGCAUGGAGUAUCUAUCGUCCAUGCAGAUUAUCCACAGGGAUUUAGCGACACGUAACAUCCUACUGACUGAGGAUCUGACUUGCAAAUUGUCAGAUUUCGGAUUUUCACGAGACGUUCUUUUCGAGAACCUAUAUGAAAUGUCCUCAAAUGGUGAUGUCCCGAUCCGUUGGAUGGCCAUCGAGUCCAUCGUAGAGAACAAGUAUACAACAAUGUCAGACGUAUGGUCCUAUGGAGUAUUACUGUGGGAAAUAUUCACCCUGGGUUCACAUCCCUACCCGGGAAUGGACGUCAAUAACGUCAUCAGAGCUGUACAGGAUGGGCUCCGCCUACCAAAACCAUCUCAUUGCAGUGAUAAACUGUACGAUUUGAUGAAGAGUUGCUGGUCACCAGAACCCUCCGACAGGCCAGACUUCUUCAAGUUAUUGGAGAUGACGCAAAAAAUGGCAACUUCUGCUCAUAGCUUUCUUCAGAUGUCGAAGUUUGUUCCAGAUCAAUACGAAUGAGGCUUCUAGAAAUCCCCCCCCCCAACAGAAAAAAAAAGUUUUGCAUUUUGAUAUGCCUUGUUCUUUGGCUGAUGUAUAAUAUAAGUAUGAUGAAACUUUGCAUGUUGGAAAUACGAUAAAGAAAGGUUUUCUGUAACACCAUGUAAUGAUUAUCUGUAAAUGUGUUUUUUUUUUUUUUUUUCUUCUUUUUUUUCCUGUAGUCAGGGUAUUAUAGGCUCAGCGUUCAGGUAGAAAACAGGAAAGGCCAAAAACACUUGUUCGUUAUAAAAUAUUGGUCAGAAUUAUAUGUAAAAAUUAGGACAAAACCUUUGUAUUAAAAAAACAUAUGGUGGGCCUUUGUUAGUGACUCAGCCAUUUGCAACAGAAAGUAUGUCGUUCCUUUAAUAAUUGAUUUUCCCUUUAAACCAAUAUGAACAAAUUGGAUCUUGCUUUACUGAAAACAAACUAUAUCAAAUAAACUUGGUCAUUUUACAAGACCUGGGAUGCCCUGGCUAACAUUGGGUAUUAUUAUAAGUUGCCGCGCUCCGAAAUAUAAUGUUAAUAAUAACAAACGAUAUAAUAAUCAACAUAAAAGCAGUAUCUAUAAGUAAUCAUUUAGUGUCAUUUACGUGGGCGCCUCCCUUGCUCAUUAAUAACAUGUAAAAUGUAUAUUAAUUUAUGAUAAUGUAUAAUAAUAUUAUCAGUGGUUAUAGCGCCCUCAUACA